AUGACCUAUCCCCUCCCCCUCUCCCCUCAAACACACCACCAUCACCGCCACCGCCACCCCGCCCCAAAGGUGCGUGCGUAUGAGUCCAUCACCAGCAAGGCUGCGGAGUACCUGGGCUUCCUGUCCAAGGGCCAGCUGCCCCCCAGGGACGUGGGCCUCAUUCACUUCUCGGACGACCUGGUGCUGGAGGGCGUUAAGUACAGCGUCACGGUGGCGCGCAGGGGCCCGACCAACUUCAGCGUGGUGUGCGGCGGCGUCACCACCGACGUCGUCGCGCGCAAGCUGGGGGACGGGGGGUACCUGCUGCAGGUUGACGGGGAGGGCCACGUGAUGCACACCGAGGAGGAGGCCCUGGGCACGCGGCUGGUGAUGGACACGCUGUCCUGCCUCAUAGAAAAGGAGCAGGACCCAUCAAAGCUCAUAGCCAUGUCGCCCGGCAAGCUGGUGCGCCAGCUGGUCAGGGACGGGGACCACGUGGAGAAGGGCGCGGCAUACGCAGAGGUGCGCGGUCAGGAAGACGCCCUGGGGAGCGGGGUUGAGGUGAUGAAGAUGAUGAUGCCGCUGCUGUCCCCCGCGGCCGGCGCCAUCACCUUCAGCGCGUCAGAGGGCCAGCCCCUGCUGGCGGGGGAGCUCAUCGCAACACUGGACCUGGACGACCCCAACGCCGUGACGCGUGCGGUUGACUUUGCGGGCAGCUUCCCGGAGCUGGGUCCCCCCCAGGUGUACAGUGACCGCGUGGACCACCGCUUCAACCAGGCCCUGCACGCAGCAAAGAUGAUCAUGGCCGGCUACGAGCACCCCGGUGUCGAGACCCUUGACGAGCUGGUGGCGUGCCUGGACCACCCCGCACUGCCCCUGCUGCAGUGGAGCGACGAGUACUCCUUCGUGGAGGGCAGGCUGCCCCCUGCCAUCACUGAGAAGCUGGAUGACGUCAUUGCACAGCACGAGGUUGAGCUGUCCAGUGGCCUGGAGCUGGACAAGCCCCCGGCAGAGUUCCCCGGCAGGCAGCUCAUGAGGGUGCUGAGAGAGGCCGUAGGGGCCGUCCCUGUGUCGGACCGCGCCAUGCUCCAGACGCUGCUGGAGCCCCUCAUGCGCGUGGCCAAGGCUCACAGCCGCGGCAAGGAGGAGUACGCGCACGCAGUGGUGGGUGACCUCCUGGAGCAGUUUGCCAGCGUUGAGGAGAAGUUCCAGCAGGCCGGGGCCACGGAGCAGGAGAUGAUCGACGCGCUGCGCAAGAGCUACGCCAACAACCACCAGGGCCUGCCCCUCAAGCUGGAGCUCGUCAAGAGGAUACUCUCAACACUCGUGCUGCCCAGCCCCGUGCCCUACCGCUCCCUGCUGCGCCGCUUCGCCGCGCUCAGCAGCAAGAGCACCGCAGAGGUGGCCCUGCGCGCGCAGCAGCUGCUGGAGGUCAGCCUGCUAGCGGACAUGCGCGCGGUGGUGGCGCGGGCCCUCUCGGGCCUGGACAUGUUCAGCAGCGCCGACGGCGGGAAGCAGCCCUCGCCCACGGCGGCCGGCGCCGGCGCGACGCCGUUCACGGCGACGGCGGCAGCCGCAGCGGCGGGCGGGGUUGUUGCGCGCAAGGCCACCAUUAGGGAGGGCGUCUACGCCGGCCUCAACAGCCUGCUGCCGCCCGGCAUCUCCGUCCUGGAGGGACGCCUCAGCGCAGAGGGCCGCGUGUCUGGCGCGGGCUCCAGCACCUACGGCCUGGCGGAGCGCAUCGGCGGCGUGACCGUGGAGCGCAGCAGCAGCAACGGCGGGCCCGUCACGCCCCAUGUGGAGCACAAAAUUGAGACUCUGGUGGCCGCCCCGGCGGCGGUGGAGGAGGCGCUCGCGUCACUGAUCGUGGACCACCAGGACCCCGCGCUGCAGUACCGCGCCCUGCUGACCUACAUCAAGAGGGUGUACCACCCCUUCCUGCUGAGGGAGCCCCAGAUCUCCAUCAGCGGGGGCCGCGUGGUGGCAGCCUGGGUCUAUGAUGACCCGCGCCUGGCCAACACCAGCCACACCCGCCACCAGGUGGGCGCUUUUCUGGUGACCCCCAGCCUGGAGGACCUGGCGGACAACCUGGCCCCUGUGGCGGCCGCGAUGGCCGGCAUGGGUGCAGGCGGCUCGGGCGGCACUCUGCACAUCGCUGUAUGCGGUGGCGACGCCCUGAAGCUCUCCCAGGCAGCGGAGGUCCUGUUGCUGCCCGGCGCGCUGGGCGCCGCCGAGCCCGCCGCCGCCGCGCUGCAGCUCGCCGGCGCUGGCGAGGAUGGUAGCAACGCGGCAGAGUCGGUGCGGCGCGCAGCGGCGGCGGUCGCCAAUGCCAAGCUGGCGCUGCGGGGGCUGCAGGUGUCCACCGUGAGCGUGCUGGCGCCCGGCGUGAGCACGAUGCCGCUGCGCAGCGGCUUUGUGUGGGACGAGGCCACGGGGGCCUUCAAGUACGACCCCUUCCUGCGCCAGGUCGAGGCGCCCGUGGCGCGCGUGCUGGAGCUGGACAAGCUCUCCGGCUCCGAGGUGGCCUACACCCCCAGCCGCAACAGGCAGUGGCACAUGUACGCCCGCAGCGACAGGGAGCCCAGGGGUCCCGCGCUCAAGAGGCUCUUCCUGCGAGGACAGGUGCGCCAGCUGGGCCACCCAGCCCUGCUGGCAGCGCAGUACAGCGGCAACAACAUCGCGGUCGCGACCGCGGCGGUCAACGAGCUCGAGGAGGCUCUGGUCAACUGCCUGGAGGAACUGACACGCCCGGCACCCGACCACGGCGCUGCCGGCAAGGCUGACUGGGUUCACCUCUUCUUCAGCGUGCUGCCGCUGCUGCCGCUGCACCACGCGAAGGACGAGGCCCGCGUCGCGUCCGCCCUGCGCAGCGCCGUCGCUGCUCUGGUGGCCAAGCACAACGCCGCGUUCCGCACCGCGGCGGUGGCGGUGUGGGAGAUCCGGUUCCGGGUGCCUGACGCCAGCGGCGCUUGGCGCGUGCUCGUGUCGUGCCCGACUGGCCAUGAGGCUGGUGAGGAGCAUGUGGAGGUGUACCGCGAGGCGCUGCAGGCUGACGGCGGCGACGGCGCGGCGCCGGAGCUUUGCUACGCUGUGCCGGCAUCAGAGCAGGCGUCAGGCGUGUCCCCCUCCGACUGCACCCUCCACGGCCGCCGCCUGCUGCAGCCCUACCCGGCCCUGGAGCCGCUUCAGAUCAAGCGGCUGGCGGCGCGGCGCCACAACACCACCUACUGCUACGACUUCCCCACCGUGUUUGAGAACGCCCUGCGCGACAUCUGGUCCCUGCGUGCGGCCCAGGGUGAGCCCAACAGCGUGCCGCCUGCGGGCCGCCUGGUGGAGGCCGUGGAGCUCAAGCUGCCCUCAGGCAUCACGCAGGACUUCCGCACCACGCGGCUGGAGCUGACGCGUGUCGAGCGCGAGCCGGGCCUCAACACCACGGGCAUGGUGGCGUGGCUGAUGACGCUCAAGACACCCGAGUGCCCACAGGGCCGACAGGUCGUGGCCAUUGCCAACGACAUCACCUACCAGAGCGGCGCCUUUGGGCCGCGCGAGGACUGCCUCUUCAGGGCCGCCACAGAGCUGGCGCUGGAGGAGAAGCUGCCCUGCAUCUAUCUCGCCGCCAACAGUGGUGCGCGCCUGGGUGUGGCCACUGAGGUCAGGGACAACCUCAGGGUGGCCUGGGCCGACGACGACGCCCCCACUAAGGGCUUCAGCUACAUCUACCUGUCUGACGAGGACUACCACCGGCAGCUGCCCGGCGGCGCCACCAUUGGCGCCUCCGUACGCGCGGAGCCCCUGGUCACACCCUCGGGUGAGAGGCGCUGGGUGGUGAGUGACAUCAUCGGGGCGGAGGACGGCCUGGGGGUGGAGAACCUCUCAGGGUCGGGCGCCAUCGCCUCCACAUACUGGUGA